AGCAUCAGCAGGAGGAGGAGGAGGAGGGCACAGUUGUCUUCUUCAGGGAGGGAGCUGUCGUCUUCUGGAAUGUCGACGCCCCAACGAUGCGGAGUUUGAUGGCGCUGUUGGAGGCUUACGAGCGGAGCCCCUACGAAGUGGCGCUGGUACAUUGGGAAAACGAGCAGCUGGAGUACAGCUACACUGGAGGUCCCAGCCGACUGCACCGAGGAGAGAUUCUGCUGGGGGUCAAGGGUCACGGUGAGGCCGCGCUCCUCACCAAAUUCGCUUUCUCCAACGCUCUCAGCCUGUCGGUGAAAUUGGCCAUCUGGGAGGAGUCUUUGGACGGAUUCGUUGAGAGCAUCCAGUCAAUCCCAGAGCAGCUGAAAUCUGGCCACGCUGUGAGAUUGUCAAGGGCCGAGGUGAUGAAGAAGAUUGGACAACUCUUCUCUCUGAGACACCGGAUCAACCUCAGCUCUGAUCUGCUCCUCACUCCGGACUUCUACUGGGACCGGGAGGAGCUGGAGUCUCUGUACGAGCAGACGAGCCAGUUCCUAAGUAUCGCACGUCGUGUGAUGAACGAGAAACUGAAGCAUUGCACAGACCUCACGGAUUUGAUGCGCUCCCACUUGGCGGAGAAGCACGGCCUGAGACUCGAGUGGAUGAUCGUCCUCCUCAUCGCUGUAGAGGUUCUUUUCGAGGUGGUUCGAAUGUUUUGAAGGCCACGGACACAAAGACAAAGAUCCCCCAGGUAGCCUGUUGCAGGUUGUAGGGGCAAGUGCUGUUAGUAGCGAGUAGCAGCACCUACACACAGAGACAAAGAUUCCCCAGGUAGUC